AACACAAACCAAGCAAGCAUGCAACAGAAGGGUUGCGUGUAAUUCAUCUUCACUGUUAAAAAUGAAGAGUAAAAAUUUUCUACAUGAAAAAGAAACGAAUUUAUUUUAAGAAGGAUUCAGACCUGAGACGGAGCCAGAUGGUGGUGAGAGAGCUGAAGAGCAGGUUGAGAGCAAAGCAAAUAAAGAGAAACGUUUAACUUUGCUUACUACAGCUAUUUACGAGCAUUCUCUCAAUGCAUUGCAACAAUAAUUUAAUUUCCAUGCGUUCCCUCUAACAUGCAGGCCCCACUACACCUCCAUAUUAAAUACAAUUAUCGAUUCGAAAGCGGAUAUAGCGUUCCGGAGUAAAUAUUUAACGCAGAUACAGUGAGUCGAGUGUGACAGGAUUCAAAUGAACGCCGAGUGUCGAAAAACAUGAACGCAAUGGUGCACAUUGGUUUCUAUUGUUUUUUUGGUGGGGAUAUUUGAAAUGUAUGUAAUCAUACCUCAGGCCCACUAUGAAUAGUGAUAGAUUAAGCAAUCUUGCUGUAUUUAGCAUUGAGUCUAGGUCCUAAACUCAAGGCUCAGAUCGAGUGCUUUCGACUCUACGAGGUCAAAAGCACUGAAUCUCUAAAUCACUUCCUGAUCAGGUUGCCAGAAAUCACCAAAAUCGCAGGAUGCAAUUGCUGUAAUAGAAGGGCAACUUAAGACUGUUCCACAAAAUCUGCACUGAUAUGAAUCUUUUAUCAGCACUACUGUGAUUAUACAUUUUUUUCACCUCACCGUAAUGUUAUGUCUGCAAAGGUUUAAAAGUUUGAUAAUAUAAAAAGUCAAUUAAGAUUUUGAAACUUUGUCUUUUUUGCCCUGGGUUGAAUGUGCCUCUUUCUCAAACCUCCUUGUCAUGUAGCAAGGUGGUGGUGGACCCCAAAAAGCAGGCAGGAGAGAGGAGCAGGGUGUAUUUGAAGAAGUGAUAUCUUAUAAAACACAAAACUAAAUCCUAAACAAACAAAGUAGCAAACAAAAAUCAUGACUGAAGAUAAAACAUAACAGCAACCAAAACAUGACUGAAACAAACCUGAUUGCAACAAACAUGACAGUAGCAAGAAGCAACAAUGACCCAACACCGAGUGUUUGGGCAGGAGUCCUUUUAUACAACUAAUUAACAAAUGACCAACAGAUGUGCAACUGCCGGGGGAGCCCUACAGUGCCACCUGUUGGUCCCUAAACCAAAUCAUGAAAGUACCCCUCCCUCAAAGGACGUCCCAAGUUGUCCAAAAGCUUGCCUCGCCGGGGAACAGGAACUAAAAGCGACGGCGAUCCUUGCCUCGCCGCAAAACAGGAACAAAAGCGACGGCAAUCCUUUUGGCUAGGCGUGGCCUGACGUGGACGGAGCUCGACGUAUCGGGGGACAUGGAACAGCCGGACGUGAAUAGGGGCUCGGCCUAACGUGGGCGUGGGCGUGGACGUGGCACAGUCCAGGCUUAUAAUUGACACAUCGGCUGCGUUGACACAUCCAGGCUGCUAAUUGACACGUGAACUGCAUCGGUGCGGUUUAUACUGCAUCGGCUGCUUGGCACAGUGCAGGCUGCGCCACUUAGUCCAGGGGGCGUCGACUCAGUGCAGGGGGCGUUGACGCAGCAAAAGCCCGCACAGUGUAUCUAAGGAAGUGCGUCUGGCGACACGAUGCCAAUUGCCGAAACAAGCCAGACCUCACCCUCGCUCGAAUAAAAAUACAGUAUAUGUUUGGGCAAUACGGAAAACACACUGAUUAUCAGAAAAAAAUGUGUUCAUCUGACUUCGAGCGUCAUGUCGGCUGUCAGAUAAUAGGCUAUGAGAAGUGCUUUAUGAACGUUUGUACUGUACGUCAUACUCCAGUUGAUUGAGAGGUCCCGCCUAUAAGGGGGAGUUCCAGAAAGUGAGCAGUGAGUGAGUGAGCACAUCGCAUGUUUGAUGACUCUGCCACGUUGUGAUUAAAAGUCACAUAAAACGUCAACCUUGUCUGCUGACCAUCAUUACAUCGGCUAGGCUAGCUUAGCUGUUGUCGUAGUUCGAAGCUGAAUAUGUGGCGUGGGUUGGGUCCAGUGGUUGGGCAGGAGUCCUUUUAUACAACUAAUUACCAAAUGACCAACAGGUGUGCAGCUGCCGGGGGAGCCCUACAGUGCCACCUGUUGGUCCCUAAACCGAAUCAUGACACCCCUGGCCUCAGCCAGGCCCCCUCAGUGAAAUUGAUCUAGAACCCCACCAGCGGUUGCGAUAUCCCGCAACCACUGUUUGUGGAAUAACUAAGAUUCCUUUUUUAAUGAUUUUUUAAAUAUCAGGUGAAGUCAGUGAUGUAGUUACAAUUGCCUUGAUUUUCUAUCUCAACUUCAGAACGCUUCUUGACGCUAUUCUAAGAGAGUUAUUAUUCUCUCUGGGUAAAUUUAUAGUUGCUCGAUAGCCAAGAAAUUAUAAAACAUUUUUAGUGUGCAUUACGAUGAUCCGCCGCCGGCGAGCGGCCUUGGCCUCGUUCAAAAUGAAAGCGCCUCAACUAAUGCAUGUGCGAUGCGGUGUCUGGAGAGUUCAGUGUUGGUUGUCCCAAUGCAUUGAAACGAGACGAGUCAUUGGAUAAAUGCUAGUUUUGUCCCGCCCAUCGGACACUCAGCGUCUCUGGGAGUCUAUGGACAGUGGACGUUUAUGGGCUGGCCCGGACGCCGAGCUUUUCUGCAUGAUGAUUGGAUGAUCUGUCUGAGGCUGAAUCUCUUUUUGAUUGACAGCGAAAUGAGCCAAUCACCGAUCUUUUGGUGUAGGCAUCCGUGGGAGCAUUUUUCAAUUCUCAUUCUGUUCUGAGUUGAACUGGAGACUUCUAAUCAUCUGAGCGACACUCUCUUUGUUGAAAACGACUAGCAACAAAUUAAUCUUUUAUUUCUGUUGGGUUUUAUUGUAGUUGCUGUAGUUGUAGGACACUAGUUAAGUCGCUGGAAAAGAUGCCUUGUUGGUAUGAGAGGGUCACAAAUGAUUUUCUUGAAAAGGAACAGAAAGUAGAAUCCAUGUAUAAAUAAACGGACACAUUUUAUGAUGUUUUCCAGAAUUGAGCUUCCCCUCUUUGACAGACUAGCAUCCGGUUCGAAUCCCGCUUGGGGCAAAAAUGAGCACAUAACACCAUCCAGUGUGAGUCCUUGGGCAAGAUCCUUCACGCUAAUGCCUACCUCAUACAAUGAUGAGAGACAAUAAAACAAAUGACAUGCCGGCUCAGACGUCGCCCGGCCAAACAAGAUUUGCGUCAGGUGCUGGGGAACCAGAGCACCUUGAUGAAAAAUGGGCUACUGGAACAAAGCGGAAAUGGGCGAGAUGCGAUAACAUGGCUCUGUUGCAAUGCUACUACUCAAGCAACCCUAGUCAGAGGGGCUACAUGCAGAGAAUGUGGGCAAAAUGGUUACUUCGAAACCCACAGUCACGGUUGACAACGAAACAACUAGUAGCUCAGUGUUCCAACAUCCACAAACGGCAACUGCUGUCACAACUUGAGAUUGAUGUACAACGCAGGUUCCAUGGUGAAGGGCCCCAGGCUACCAGAUCAGAAGAAGAGGUCAUACCAGAGAUUGGGAGGCAAGCCCCAAUGAAUGCAGAUGAUGAGAGUGGGAGGCCACCCCCAAUGAAUGAAAUGCUGAGCGAGGCAGCAACUGACCUGAAAGUGAAGAUCAUGGCGAGAAUGAAAGCUGGGCAACCUAGCUACCGAUUACAACGGCUAUGUGAAGUACCACCUGAAAGUCUCAUGGAAAGUGUGAAUGCACCACCGAGGGCGAUCCGUACCGUAACGAUCACGGAAACCAAUGAGCUGAUAUACGCUUCAGCAUCAGUGAUCCUAGAGACUCUUGGCUAUAAGAGCAACCAUGUAAGCCAUGAGAUACGUUACCCAGCAUGGAAAAGACGGUUGGAGGCUAAGAUCAAGGCGGCCCGGAAAGAUGUGAGUCAAUUGACGGAGGCCCAGAGAGGUGUGAUGAAAAGGCCGAUACCUGAGAGGUACAUCCAGAUGACCAUACAUGAAGCACUCGAAACUGACAAACAAAGGCUCCAAGCCUUGUCCAGUCGCCUAAAGCGGUACACGAAAGAGAAUGAGGCCAGACGAAUAAACAGGCUGUUCGCAACACAACCUGCGAAAGUGUACGCUCAGUGGCAGGGUCUUAACAAAAUAGCUGACCCACCAAGACUGGAAACUGAAAGGUACUGGAAAGGCAUAUGGGAGAAGGAGGUUGCACAUAACAGCAGUGCACAAUGGCUGGUGACCCUGAGAGAGGAGCACAGCAACCUCCCCGAACAGAACCCAGUUACCAUAACAGUGGCAGACAUACAGGAAAGAGUCUCAGAUAUGAAGAACUGGACAGCACCAUGGCCCAUACCUACUGGCUAAAGAAACUCAUAGCACUCCAUGAGCGCCUAGCAGUACAAAUGAACCAGCUGCUGAGGGAUGAGACUCACCCAGAAUGGCUAACCGAAGGCGAACGAUCCUGAUCAUAAAGGAUCCCUCGAAGGGUGCAGUCCCAUCCAACUAUCGGCCAAUAA